GCACUGGGAUGGAAUGGAAUGUCCUGGGGACGGGCUGGGAGGCACUGGGAUGGACUGGGAUGUCCUGAGGCCGGGCUGGGGGCCACUGGGGUGUUCUGGGCCGUACUGGGACCAGGCUGGGAGGCAGUGGGGGGGUUCUGGGCUGGACUGGGGCUGGGCUGGAUGGUUCUGGGCUGGGCUGGGAAGCACCGGGGGGUGCUGGACUGUACUGGUGCCGGGCUGGGAGGCACUGGGGGGUGUUGGGCUAUGGGAGGGGAUCACUGGGCUGUUCUGGGGGGACAACCAGAGCAACCCCGGCACCCCUAGGACUCCCAGCACCCACCUGAUGGUCUGUACUGGGAAGGACUGGGGGGGCAGGGGCUGCACUGGUGCCUCUUUCCCCCCGGUUUGUCUCCCAGGCUGGACCUGCCGCGACGACUGCAAGUACGAGUGCAUGUGGCUGACGGUGCGGCUCUACGUCCAGGGGGGCCACAAGGUGCCCCAAUUCCAUGGAAAAUGGCCCUUCUCCCGGUUCCUGUUCUUCCAGGAGCCGGCCUCCGCCUUUGCCUCCUUCCUCAACGGCCUGGCCAGCUUCGUCAUGCUGCUGCGCUACAAGGCCGCCGUCCCCCCGGCGUCCCCCAUGUACCCCACCUGCGUCGCCUUCGCCUGGGUCUCCUUAAACGCCUGGUUCUGGUCCACCGUUUUCCACACGAGGGACACGGCUGUGACGGAGAAACUGGAUUAUUUCUGUGCUUCGGCCGUCGUCCUGCACUCUGUCUACCUGUGCUGCGUCAGGUGAGCCCCCUCCGGCGCCGUGGGGCAGGGGACACACAGCCUUGUCCUCGGGGGGGGGGGGGGGGGGGGACUCCUCCUCUUCCUCGCCUGCCACAUCUCCUACCUGACCCUCGUCCGCUUCGACUAUGGCUACAACAUGGUUGCCAACGCGGCCAUCGGGCUGCUGAACCUGGCGUGGUGGCUGCGGUGGUGCCUGCGGAACCGUCCCCGCCUGCCCCACGUCUGGAAGUGCGCGGCCGUGGUGCUGCUGCUGCAGGGGCUGGCGCUGCUGGAGCUCCUCGACUUCCCCCCCCUCUUUUGGGUGCUGGACGCCCACGCGCUCUGGCACAUCGGCACCAUCCCCCUCAACGUCCUCUUCUACAGGUCGCCUUAA